UUUUUAAAGUGUAUUAGCAAGUUGUUAAUUUUUUUCCCAGUGCUGCACCCGCAAAACAAAGCAACAAACAAUAAGCCCCCCCAUUUGGUGUUCGUUAAAAUGCAGCAGGAUCGUGUCCUUUGGAGAUAUUUGAGUGCAGCCCAAGCCAGCGACGACGAGACGGUCUGACACCCUCAGCCGAAGCAGCGCAGGCGGUGUCUGUGAGAGGAGAGGGUGUACCUGUAUAUGUACCCGCGCCCGUUCCACAAAGGCGACGCCAAUUGAGAAGUGAAUAGCCAAGCAAUGGCUGCAGAAUCAAUGGCCAGCGGUAGCAGCGGAGGAGCAGUGCAGAAAAUGCUGGUGGAAAUAACCACAGAUGGAGUGCCGAAGCUCCACUGUCCCGUGUGCAACAAGGCCUUGAUCUCCCUGGCUGGAUAUGUGAAGCAUGUGAAGAAGCAUGAGCCGCCGGGCGGCUUUCAGUGCCGUCAGUGCGAGGCACGCUACUGCCAUGAGGAUGAGCUAACGCAGCACGUGAAGAGUGAGCAUGCUCCCGCCGCGGAUGAGGAACGAAAGCGAAACUCCAAGACUGCAAAGAGCCAGCAAACAAGCGAUCCAGACGAGACGCCGCCCCUUAAGGAGAGUCUGCCCACAGAUGCGAGAGGAGUGCGCCCAGUGGAGUGCAAGUGCUGUUCCGAACGGUUCUCCUGCUCCUCGAACCUCGCCAAGCAUCGACGCAGUCGCCCCGAAACCUGCGGCAAACUAGAGCCCAGUCCUGGCCCCUCCAAGGGCCGACCAAGACAGAGAGCAAAGGUAAAAGCAGGUGCAUCCUCCUCGGAUGAGGAUGAGGAGGAUGCAUCAGCAUCAGAAAGCGACGAUGACAUUCCCCUGGCCAGCAGAAUCAAGGCGAAGACGGUGCCGGCACCGCCGCAGCUAAAGGAGGAGAACAUGAGCGACCAGCAGCAGUCCUCAGACUCGGGCGACGAGUGCCCCGACUUUGAGCCGAACAACAGCGACGAGGAGGCGGACGCCGCUCAGUUCCAGCUGCCCGCACCGGCCAUGGUCAAGGUGGAGGCCUUCGAUGAGGAUUUCGAGUACCAGGAUGCCAGUCUGUUUGUGAAGACGGAGAGCGCGGAUAUUUUUAGCAGCGAGAAGGACAAGCUGCUGGAUGUGCUGCUCAGCACGGACGAGGGCGAUGGCCUGAAGCCCUUCGAGAGCCUCAAAGUGGAGCAUGCGGGAGGGGGGAUCCUAGACGAGAUAGCGGCUGUGCCGCUGGGGGAACACACCGAGACGGCGGAGACGGAGGAAGACGUCCUGUCGCUGAGGCACAACUACGAGGAGAAGAAAAAACGGCCCAAGGACUCGACGGGCAAGCGGAAAUACCGCAAGCGAGGCACCAUCAGAUCCCCCACACCCGAAGAGGCACCGACGAGCACACCGAAGCGUGUGGCCAAGAUCACCAAAAAGGAGCUGAAGGAGCGGCUGAAGAUGAUCAACAAGAUGGAGAAGACCUGGAAGUGUCCGCACUGCGUCAAGAUCUAUCACAUACGCAAGCCAUAUGAAAAGCAUCUGCGGGACGAUCACAAGCUCAACGAGCAGGACAUCAAGGACAUCUUCAAGGACGUCGACGUGCAUGCAAAGCUGGACGAGGAGGUGUUCAAGUGCCCCAUCUGCAGCAAGAUCUAUCUGGUGGAAAAGCGCCUCGAGACGCACCUAAAAGUCCAUGGAGAGGAUGGAAGUCUGAUCUUCAAGUGUCCCUGCUACUGCAAUCUGUUCUUUGCCAGCAAGGAGCUGGCCACGGAGCAUGCCCACCAGCAGCACAAGGAGCUUCUGUACUGCGAGAAGUGCGACAAGUACAUGACCGGCCACGAUAGCCUCAAGAACCACGAGAAGAACUUUCACUCGAAGAAGGAGCCGCGCAAUCUGCCCCGCAAUCUCAUCUGCGACAAGUGCGGCAAGAAGUUCACGGGACGCACCUCCCUCUCGGAUCAUGUGCGCUCCGACUGCGGCCGGUUGCCGCUCUACCAGUGCAGCGUAUGCGGCAAGCGGCUCUCCACGGCGGGCAUCCUCAAAACGCAUCUGCUGCUGCAUCAGUCGGAGACGCCCUACCAGUGCGACAAGUGCGGCAAGACGUUCAAGGUGAAGGCCCAGUACAAGUCGCACUUGAAGACGCGGCACACGGAGUACAAGCCGUACAAGUGCCAUCUCUGCCCCAAGGAGUACCCCUACAGGGAGAGCCUGCUUACCCACAUGACGGUGCACACGGGCAUCAAGCGUUUCCUAUGCAACAACUGCGGCAAGCGGUUCACGUGCAUCUCCAACCUGCAGGCCCAUCGCAAGGUGCACGCCGACACCUGCGGCCAGCUGCCGCUCAACGCAAAGGCCACCCAGUACAUGGGCGUGCAGCGGGGCAAGCUGCUGAUGGGCGCCAAGCCCGAGGCGGGCAUGGAGUACGAGGAGACAAAGACUUUGAUUGCCCAGGACGUCAUAGACAAGGACAUGCCAAUGGCACAGGAGCUGAACUUCCCCUCUGACGGUACGGCGCCACUGGCAACGGUGCCCCUGAACUACGCUUCCACGCACCUCGUACCCCACAUUGUGCUCCAGACCAUGCAGGCCGAGGCACGGCGGAUGGAUUAGCAUUAGGACAUCCUAGACUAGACACAAACCACACUCAAUACAGAUGCUUUUGUAACCGA